CGGUGCAGCAGCUACCCUGACCCUGCUGGAGGACAGCUUCCUCCCUAAAUCCCCCAUCAACAGACGCCUUUACUACAAGUGAACUUCAUCCACAUGAUGAGGAAUCUCUGAGGAACUUCUCCUAACCUCACCACGUGCCAACCUCAGGGAUUGUUAUAGCACCAUGAGUGUGAAGAGGAAGAAGGCUGGGCUGGUAAUCAGCUGGCACAAGUCCUUCUCCAUCCUGGCUCCUUGGAGGAAAGGGAAAGGAGACAGAGAUGCGGUGCAGGACAGUGAGGUGGUCCUGACCAAAAUUAAGCUCUUUAGCAACUUCCAGGAGAGGCUCCUGAUGGCAGAAGACUUGGUGUCCACGCUCUCCACUGCGUCCGUUUCAGAGCAGGAUAUCUCGGAGCCCAUCACAGCCUCUGAGCUGAAGUACCGUCUUGAUGAAAAGUCGGGGCCAGACUACCUAUCUGCUAUUUUCUCAGACUCCCAGCUGCCGAGGCUGUAUACGUUUGAGUCUGAGGAUUCUGGAGUGGAGCUGCCGAGUGGAGCUAACUCUCCGUCCACCCCAACAGGCUCGGAGCACAGCUUCGUGGUCCACAGCAGAGAGUCCUCCUGCAACUCCUGCAUCCUGAACUCUGACCCUGCCUCUCUGCAUGAUGAACACACAUCUGAGAUCCAUCAGGCAGAGGACUCAGUGGAUAUCAGUCUUAGUACAGCAGGGGAUACUCAGGAUAAUGUGUUCACACACUCAGAGGAACUGAGUCCAGCUGUGAGAGUGGACCUGCUCACAGAGAGGGAACAGUGCAGGGCUGAGAUGUGUGAACAGCUCCAGGACACCAGAGCUGUAAGAGAUCGGACCUGCUCAGAGGACACGAGGCCGAGGAAGCACUCCUCACCAGGAGCCUGUGAUGACAUGAUGGACAACGACUGUGAGCCUGAGCCCAUAGGAAGGAGUGACACUAUUGACAGCCUGAAGGACUACAUGGACCAAUGCUGCAGACUGAGUGAGCAGGCCAGUCCCAGCCCUCUGAGCUCCGGCCUGGGUUACCUGGAGCACAUCUGCCAGCUGAUGGAGAAGAUGGGCCAGCUGCAGGAGACCAACCUCCGUCUGCAGAGGCACAUCAGCAGCCUGCAGAGGGGCGGCCGGGGGGCGAGGACCAGAGAGGACUUCUUCCAGCAGCACUGCAGCUGUGGAGCAGCAGAGCUGGCGUUCCAGGACCCUCACAAGAGACCCUCCAGGAGUGAGUGCCUGUCCCCCAGCGGGACCCUGUCCGACCUGUCCACCAUCCACGAGGUCGGCCGGCACCCCCUCCUAUCCACCAGGACAGACAUGAGCAGUGAGACCCUGGUCCCUCUGUGGAGGAGAGGCUUGGAGCGGAGGAGUUACACUGAGGGGGAGGGGCACCUCGGGGACAGCAUGGAGGGACUCUCCCCCCCCCAGCGCAGGCUGAGUGAAAACUACACAUGGGGCCGAGUCAAAGACCUGGUCAGGAAAACGAAGCUGAGGAACCAGAGCAGGCUGACCCUGAUCCCCAGCAGGCUGAAGAUGUCCUGCCCACAGCUCUACAUGCCGGACCUGGACCCAGUGGAACCUGCUGGCAGAAACAGAAACUCCAUGAUUGCCCUGGGCCACCACAGCCAAUUGGAUUUCCCUUGGCUACAAUAAACAUCCAGGUCCGGUUGGUCUCACAUGCGGUCCGCAGAAGAGGAGGACACCAUGAAGGUACACAGAGAGGAUGGAAGACUGUAUAGGAAGAUGUGAAGAAGAGAAAGAAGGUAAUGAAGAAUAAAGAAUGGAACAGACUCUGGUGUUAGAGAUGAUGCUGCAGAAUGUAAGGGAGAAUGAGAGUGUCAAUGUUAAACAAAUGAAUUGUAUAUUGCAGUGUACAAGACAAAUAUAGGUGAUGCUAAUAUUAUCUACAGUGUGACAUAUUUGGACUGCAUUAUAUUUACUGUGUAAAAACUAUUUACUAAAAUCUGUACAACCCCAACUGUUAUGAAACUCACAAACUUUGCAUUAGUGUGCUAUAUGAUGUUGUAAAUAUGUUAUAUACAAUCCGCUUUGUACAGUGUGUAAGUAAUGUUUCAUAACCAGACUGCAUGCGGAAAUAAAGUUUAUGAAGAUUUCGGGAGAAAUACACAUCUACAGUGUCAGCCCAUAAACCCUGAUAAUAGGAGUUAAAUAGAAACAUCACUGUCUUGAUAUAACUAGAAACUGUACUUUACAAGAGGUAUGUUUAAUGAUAUGCAGAGCUCGUGUUGAACGUGUUAAGUGCUGUGAUUGAUCUUUGCCACUUCAGUUCUCCUGCCUUGCUCCAGAGAAGCUGCAGGAGUCAUGAGUUAAAGUCCCACACAGGACAGUGAGUAAUGCUAGGUUGAUUUCACAUUAAUGCUGUACAAGCUUCGGUUUGCUUCAAAUGCAGUUCUUGUCUGACCAUCUAACUCAGGGGGGUCCAAACUACGGCCCGGGGGGCAACUGCGGCCCGUUGUCUAUUUUGAAAUGGCCCUCAGCUAAUUCUUAAAGUAUAAUGGAAUAUGGCCCACACCUGAAACGUGUGCUUGUCUUAUAUUGUACUUCUUAAAUAUAAAUGUAAAGACAUAAUUACACAGUAGUAUUCAUGUGUUUAUAAGCAAACUUUUCAAAUAAAUUCAGUUCAAGUUGAAAACAUGUUCUAACAAAUCCCCAAAAAGCCCAAUAACCUAUUUGCAUAACAAGCUUGAAAUAUACCCUCCUAUUUCCACUUAUUAUAAGCAGUCUGAGGCUUCUGCUUUAAGGGAUGAGCUUUUUGUAACAAAAUAAAUGAAACCCUCUGGAGAGCUGUGAUAGGCUGUUUGUUUUCUUAUAGCAUAUUCAAGUAUCAAGAAUAAUUGACCUACAUUUGAUUGAUUUUGCUAACUUAUAACUUCACGUAUGAGGCGAUAUACCUCACCUCUAGUGAGGGGCCCAGCCCAUCAUGUGUUUUUCUGUAUGUGGCCAUCAGUGUAAAACGUUUGGACACCCGAGAUCUAACUGGAUCUGAACCCCCCGUGAUGAAGCUAGAAUUGAGGCAUCUGAAACCAACAGGCCAACAACAAAGCAGGAACAUACAAAACACUUUGAGACAAAGUGUUCCUAACAUUCAGAAAAGAUAGAAACACUUUAGAUUUUACACAUUAGGAUGAGAUCUAGUACUGUCUGUUACUGAUGGAGUGCUGACAGUUGUUCAUGGGCGGAGACAGCCACCAGAACUAUGGGGUUAUUUUUGUGCCUCUAUCCUGAGCACGCAAUGAAACAUUUUGAGCAUAGAAAAUGUUAUUGAGCGCGCAAUUGAACAUUUUUGAGCACAGAAAAAUAUAUUUUGCAAGCACAUCAAUUAUAUUUUGAAGAGAAAUUUACUCUCAAGCCCUCUCACUCAGAUCUCAGAUAUUAAUUAUUAAUGCCAUAAAUGAUUGCAUACCAUUACAGUUUCUUACAAAAUUGUGACUCCUCACAAUCAUGCUUGUUAUCAGAUGGAAAUUGAUGACAUUUUUUUUCCUAUUAAGCUUUUUGAAAUCCAUGACAAACAGCACAGCCUUGUUUUAGCUAAAUUCAAUUACAUCAGUUUAGAAGUUUUACGAGGCAAAAUUAAAUAAAUAAAAGAUAAGAACUGAACCCAUCAAUUGACUUGAAAGUAUGAUUCCUAUCAAAACUGAAGAACAACCUAAAUAAAUCAUAUUUUUACUUGAAAGCCACACAUUCAUAUUCUGUUGAAAACAUCAGCAGCUCCCCUAAGCUAAAAGUUAUCUUUAUUUUCCUGUUUGCUUUUCUCUCUAUACUCUCAAAGGUGAAACACUUCAGCUCAGUUAGUGCCGUCCAGAGAAACGUUUUCCAUUGACAUUCUUAAGGCUUAAUGCAACAAUGUGCCCCAUAGAAAACAGUCUCAACACUUAAAAAGCCAACCCAGCAUAUAUAGUUGGUGAAAAAUAAUUUACUAGCUCAGUGCUGUUUUACACAGUUUUUUCAGGUGUCCAUUUUUAAUAUUAAUUUUUUUGUCUUUUUUAAAAAUAAAUCCUGUAACUGACUUUCAGGAUUCAAAGCAACCUUAAUAAAAAAAAAAAACACUCUUGGCAG